CUACUUCUGUUAGUCCUUCACCUGCCCAUCAUCAUCAUUUUCCGUCAAGAUUCUUGAUUUUCACCAUAGAUUUCUUCACACUUCCACGAAGAACAAUGCGCGAGAGCAUAAUAUCUGGAUAGGUUCCAGCCUCUGCUGCUAGAAAUGACGGUUUCAACAAGAUCUCAGGCCAUCAAUAGCCAAUCGCAGAAUGACCGGAAACCCAGAACCAGGCAGGGAAAUCAAGAAACCGGCGACCAAAUCGCCGUGCGGGGCCGGCACCAUGGGUUGAAAGAGAAGCUGGGAGCUCUGACCCUCUUCUACGAGCACCAAAAGCAAGCGCUCAAGAACCAAUCUCUGGAUCCGGAGGAGGAGCGGAGAUUCACCACCCACCCAAGCGUCGAUCUCCUCCGGUCUGGUAAAAAUGGUGGGGAAAAAAAAGAUUGCAGAGAGCCCAACAGACCAUUUGGGAAUGUGAUGAGGGAGAAUUCAUUGCACCCUCCAUUGAUUCAUCAUCCCCAGCUGGAGCUCGACGACGAGGGCAAGGAAAAUAAGAGUUGUAAUGUGGCCAGGAAGCUUGCACUUGGGAACUCAUCAGCUAUUCCUCCGAAUCUGUUGCCACGAAAAGGGGCUAAUAACAAGGAGAAUAGUGUUCAAGAAUCCGAGAAGGUGAGGAACAACGGUGGGGGUGGAGGAGGAGGAGGAGGGACUAGGAUUCUUGCUUUUGUGAGGCUAAGGCCAAUGGCUAAGAAGGAAAGGGAUGCCGGAGCUAGAAGUUGUGUGAAGAUUGUCGAUGGGAGGGAUGUUUACCUCACCGAAUUCGCCACGGAGAACGAUUAUCUCAGGCUACGAAGACUCCGUGGCAGACAUUUCACCUUUGAUGCCUCCUUCCCAGAAUCUGCUUCUCAGCAACAAGUCUAUUCCACAACAACAGCAGAGCUUGUAGAAGCAGUGCUGCAGGGAAGGAAUGGGUCAGUGUUCUGCUAUGGGGCAACAGGAGCAGGAAAGACACACACAAUGCUUGGUACAGUUGGGAACCCUGGUGUUAUGGUGUUGGCAAUCAAGGAUCUGUUUGCCAAGAUAAGGCAAAUGAGUUUUGAUGGAAACCAUGUUGUUCGUCUCUCCUAUCUGGAAGUCUACAAUGAGACUGUAAGGGACUUACUUUCCCCCGGAAGGCCAUUGGUCCUUCGGGAAGACAAACAGGGGAUUGUAGCUGCCGGGCUUACACAAUAUAGGGCAUAUUCCACAGAUGAGGUUAUGGCAUUGCUUCAGCAGGGAAAUCGUAACAGAACUACAGAGCCAACUCGUGCCAAUGAAACAUCUUCGCGUUCUCAUGCCAUUCUGCAGGUUGUGGUUGAGUAUUGCACUAAAGAUGAUGCUUCAGGUAACAUAGUGAGCCGAGUGGGAAAACUAUCAUUGAUUGAUCUUGCUGGGUCAGAAAGAGCACUUGCCACAGACCAGAGAACACUGAGAUCUCUUGAAGGAGCCAACAUAAACAGGUCACUUCUAGCACUCAGCAGCUGCAUCAAUGCACUGGUGGAAGGGAAAAAACACAUCCCGUACCGAAACUCUAAGCUUACUCAAUUGCUUAAGGACUCCCUUGGUGGAGCAUGCAAUACUGUCAUGAUUGCUAACAUCAGCCCAAGCAAUCUUGUGUUUGGUGAAACCCAAAACACACUCCAUUGGGCUGAUCGAGCCAAACAAAUCCGAACAAAGGCUUAUGAUGUGCACGAGGAAAUUCAAAUUCCUGAAUCGGAAACUGAUCAGGCCAAGCUAGUACUGGAGUUGCAAAAGGAGAACCGCGAACUCCGUACACACUUGGCUAGCCAGCAGCAAAAACUGCUAGCCAUUCAAGCACAAAAUUUGGCAGCAAAUGCAUCAUCUCCUGCUCCUUCCACAGUUUCCUCUCACCUUUUGUCCCCUGCUUGGCCAAGUGAGAAAAGAAAAAUGAAGCCCUCUUUCUUGGGUGGUGGCAAUUGCUUCACCCCAGAUUCGAAGAAAAGGGCUGCAGAUGAAACGGUCAAGGAGCUGAGGAAAACAGUCAAGGCGCUGGAGGCUGAGAUUGAGAGAAUGAAGAAGGAUCAUGCAUUUAAGAUGAAGCAAAAAGACAGUUUUAUCCAUGAGCUUUCGCUGAAGAUUUCAAAACCAACAGCAGUGGGAGUAGGAGAAGGAGGGGUUCUAAAGAAGGUGAUCACAAGGGCAAGCUUACGACCAAAAAAGCCAAACAAGGACGAGUUGAAGAGUCCCUGUCAUCGUUUUGUCUCUCCAGCAGCUCCCACUUCUAAAAAACGUAGUUUUUGGGACACGACCUCAGCAAAUAGUCCAUCACUUGCCACGCUAAAUGGAAGAAAGACCAGAAGCCAUGUCGCUGCCGAACUUACAACAGCUCCCUCCAAGCUUCUCCAGCUUGCAUAUCCAUGUUUCUGGUUUGUGUUCUUUGUGGGGCCGCAUGUCUUCAAUUUCAUCACUCACCAGCCAGGAUUUGCUUGGCCAAGACCUGAAACUGUAAAGCCGUAGAAGUCGCAGCAGCCAAGGGCAAGCAGAUUCUUAACAAUCCACAAGAGUUUCCCAAGAGCCACAUUCCUCUUCUUGUAGUUUACCCCCCGCCCAAACUAGAGGUUUCUUGCAAAUUCUUAACAAACUCAACAAUGACUCACAUAUCCCCAAUUGUUAGGUUUUUGU